AAUGUCCCUUAACUUUGGGUAUUUGUACUGACGGUUAAGAAAGGCUAAUGCUGAGUUGGACUGAGUUUUGCAAACAUCACUCUCUGGAAAAAACUCAAACAGUCAGUUUACACUCAAUGCAAAUAUAAAAUGUAGGUUUAUAUGUUGCUUUAUUUUGGGGAAAUUAUCUUUCUUCUUGAGCAAAAUGAACCAUUACCUGAAUUUAAAAAUGUUGCUAGUAUCAUUAGCUUGUAUAGAUAGCUUGCAGAACAAUAUAUUUUUUAAUUGAAUUAGUUUUCCUUUUGUUGAAGGCAAUCCGACAGGACAAUCUCAGGACAAAGAUUGAGAUGCACCAUUUUACAAAUGGAAAACAAAACAGUACAAGACACAAUGAUAUAUAAGACACUCAUAACAAUACAAAGUACCAGAGACUCAGAGACUAUAUAACAAGGCAGAAAAACACAAAGGGUUACAAACAGAGACCACAACCCAAAUAUACAGGACCAAUGUGUGAGCAGGAAGCAGUGAGACAUUACUGAACACAGUGUUGUACUGUAGAUUUAUUCAAGUACUGUUCUGAAGUACAGUUUUGUUGAAGGUCAACUUGUAGUUGAAUUUAGUAUUUCAAUGUUAUGCUACUUUGUACUUCUACUCCACUACUACUCAGAGGUAAAUGGUGUACUUUUACUCCACUACAUUUAUUUAAUCCCUUUAGUUACUUUACAGAUCUGGAUUAAUGAUGGUAAAUAUAAUCAACCCUUAAAUCAGACUUUAGUUCACCUGGAGUAAAUCCAGCAGCUACCCUGCAGUAUACAAAGCCAUUCAAACUAGCUGCACCUUUACCAGCUCUGAGAACACUUUAAUGAUCAGUAAUUAUAAAACAUAUCAGAGAUAUUAUUCUGAAAUGGACCAAUCAAACAAUGACUACUUUUACUGUCGCUACUUUAAGUACAUUUAGAUGAGAGUACUUUCUACUUUCACUGGAGGAACAUUUUGAAUGCAGGACUUUUACUGUGACAGUCAGAGUAUUCCUACACUCUGGUACUUCUACUUUUACUCAAGUACAAGAUCUGAGUACUUGUACUUUUACUCAAGUACAAGAUCUGAGUACUUCUCCCACCUCUGAACACUGACUAUUAGUUCGCGCGAACUAAGUGUUUCAGGUGAGGGUCCGCUGCUGUUGAUUCCACCUGAGCACAAGACAGUCGGAAACAGAGAGCAGGAGUAGGCGGGGCUUCCGGGCUCCUAUGAGAGUGAUCAGAGAUCAGGGAGAGCAGAGGUCCAUGACUGCAGGUCGAGUCUCAUCUCCCUCAGCUGUUUCCCCCGGGACACCAACUGUUUCAUGGAAACGUAUACCUUCUGAAUAGGGGAAUCAGAUAACUGCUUUUUUAAAAAUCUUUUGCAAAUCUUUUCUGCACUCUUCGUCUCGUCUCGAGACUUCUCGCUUUGUUGUGGAUUUGUUUGGGUCUCUGCAGGGACAUGGGAUGGACUCAGCUGCUCAGGGUGCUGUUGUGUGCGGCGACCUAUCUGCACUGUGCUGCUGCAGGCUGUGAGGGAGACGAGUGCAUCAGAGGCCAGAACCCCCCUUCAUCCUCCUUGUCUUUAUCACCACCUUCAUCUUCUUCUGUGGUGGACAGAUCCCAGCCGCCCUCCCAGGAGUUCCUGGGUCAGUUUACCCAGGUGAGUUCCCCAAACAGCGGGGACCGUAAACACCGCGACGCCAGCGCCAUGCUGCCCUUCAUCGGACUCACAGGAAGCGCUGAGCAGAGCCGCAGCUGCUGUAAAAACGGAGGGACCUGCAUCCUGGGCAGCUUCUGCGCCUGCCCUCCCUUCUUCACCGGGAGGAGCUGCGAGUACGACCAGCGCAUCAGGAGCUGUGGGUCCAUCCCUCACGGAGAGUGGGUUCAGAAGGGCUGCUCGUACUGUCGCUGUGGUUACGGCACUCUGCACUGCUUCCCCCACGUCUUCCACAAAGACUGUGAUGACUCGCAGGAGGUGCAGUGGUAUCGCUCGUCAUCCUGCAGGAGCCUCGGGCCCCUCCUGUCUCUGCUGAUCCCCUCCCUCCUGCUCCUCUCAUGGACUCUUUAAUGGAGGCUGAAUCACUGAGACUGGACUAUGCAAUAUUUCUCCAGCUGCUGCUUCAGAACUAAAUAUCCGUUUACAAACCCAGAGUUUAUAAGCUAAAAAAAUAUUUAUUGUAUUUGUCUAAAUGCUGCUGCAGUGGAGGAGAGGAACAGAGUUGGAAAGCUGGGAAGUUGUUUCUUCAGGAGGGACAUUCUUUGUCGGAGUGAAAAAGAUCUUCUCGAUGGGGGUCAGGAGGACUCACAGGAAACUCCAACACCUCUGAGCAUCUGAGGACUGCAGGUCGAAUGGAACCAACAUGAACAUUUUUCGGUUGCCUCACACAUUCCUAAAACAGUGAAACUGUUGUAUAUGAAGUAAUCCCAAAUGCAGCUGCUCUUGUCGCAAAUGUUUUAACGAGUGUACAUGUUUUUAAAAGGGAUAAAUCUAGUGCAGAUUCAGAUCUUUUCGGAAUGUAAUAAUAAACCCAAUGAUUACAACAGGUUUAGAGUCAGCUAUACAAACAAAUUCAUGGUAUGUCUCUGAACUGAUUUCCACAGUGGAGCAGUGGAGUUUUGUGCCUGAAGAAGUAUGUUUAUAGGAGGCAAGCUGUACAUAAGAUUUUUAUGAAAAGUAUGUUUUUUUUGUAAAUUUAGGACCAUAGUUUUAUGUAUAAAGGCAGUUUGUUUUUUAACUUUGUGUCUUCUGUCUGUGUGCCACACUGUGAGCUGGUGACAACUCUGUUAUUUGCAUAAAACAUGUAGUAAUCUGUUCAUUGCAUGCGUUUUGUGUUGUGAGAAAGACUGUCUGGAAAAUCACAUCAACCUUAUUAAAACAAAUGUGACACUGUAAGUACAAUGUACACUUUUACCUAAACAGUAAUCAUUUUCAAACCUAGUGUCUCUUGAAUGUGUCUCCCUGCUAUCUGCAGUUAUUUCAGGAUGGCCUGUGUCUUAUCUCCGUUUGUUGAUGAGGCUAUUGAUUAUCAGCUGCUCUCUUAUCUCAGACUAACAGUGAGCGGAUCUGCAGUCUGUCAGCCUGACAGCAGUCUGCAGCUAGCAUUAGUCUUACUUUUAAUAACUAAUCACAUCUUUUCUCCCAUAUUUUCAUCCGCUGAUGAAUCUGAGGUGUAAUGUGAUGAUUCAAUGGAAGGAAGAAGGGAAAACAAAGAUCCUCUUCACAAAUUUCUCUUUUUGGUUUUCUCUUGUUUAAAUGAACUCUUGUGAGAAGUUAGGAGGGGAGGGUCUUUUACUGCCACAGCUCGCAUGUAUCUGAGACAUGGCCCAGCCUGGCUCUGGUUUGUAAGUGGUCUAAAGCCAAAUGGUCGACAAUCUCUGCUUUAACCUUGAUCUGUUCUUCAUAUAGAUUUAUAUGUUUUUAAAAAGCUAAACAUUUAUCAAUAAACUACUUAAACACUAUCCGUCAAAAAAAAAUAUUGAAGAAACUACAACAUUUUUCUCUCCACACAUUAUUUUGAAGGCCAUAGAAUGUAACAGGCAUGUGUAUCACAGGUAGACUCAGAAAAAAGUCAGUUUGGGCUAUUGUCUCAAAUCACAGAAAGUCAGCCUUUAUAAGUUUGGUCUAAUUAUUUGUAUUUGUUUUGCUCCUUUUUGUAUUUCACUGCUGCAACGAAAACAUUUCCCAGUUUGGGAUAAAUAAAGUACUGAUUCUUA